AGAAGUUGUAAGCCCGAGCAUAAGUAUUUAUUUUUAUAUCAUGCUUAGUGGCACAAACUGCUUGACAGAACUUUUUCUUUGGUGCCAAACCUGUCAGCUCACCUUUCCUCUUCCCUUGUGUCGAAUAAUAACACCAACAAAUGAAGUCAGAGCCCAGGUCCCCGGGAGGAACUUGCCUUUUCUGGUUCUGUGGCUGUCCCCCUGCGCCAGGCUUUGCAGGCUGGUCAUACCUAACGACACCCAGCCUUGCCAGGGCAGCCGGGGUGCAAGCCUAGCCCACCGCCCCUCGCUCUUCCUGCUGCGGCUGGGCAGGAUGAGGUUACGCCGGGGCCUCCUCUGUCGCAGGGAAGAAGGCGGGCCGCUAGGGAGUUGCCCCAGUUGGCAGUCUGGGCCCAUGGGGAACGCUUCUCUGCAGGCGGCCGGGAGCUGAGAGUAGGACCCAGAGCGCAACCGGAGACCGGGGUCCCCGCCAUGGCCACAACUAAGCCUCCCGGGCGUGGCUGUGGAGCCCUGCCCCGGUGGCUGCUCGGUGCUGCUCUGCUUCUGGGCCUGCGGCUCUGCAUGGAGUUGCGCCACGCGGGCUCGGGACCCCCGAGCCGCCGCGAUCCCCCGGGGCCACCCCGGACACACUUGCCGCCGGCGCCCGGCCCCCCUCGCGGAGCCAGAAGGAGGCAGGUGACCUACGUGCGCAGUGGGCGCCGAGCGCUGCCCCGGGGUGGCGGGAGCACGACGCCCCCAGAGCCGAGCUGCUGUGCCCAGCGCGGGCUUCCUCGCAGGAAGAGUCCCCGGUGGCACAUAGAGCUCCAGCCAUGGGCAGGCCCUUCUCGGUCCCUGGAUGAAGAAGCCUCAAGGUUCCUGAGCUACAUCAGUACCAUUCAGAUUGCAUGCGACCACAUGGGUACAGACAGCUUGGCUACUGACUCUAGCCCUGCACCGAAGCCCUGGCUGGUGUGUCUUGAUGACAGGUUUGGCUUACCUCAUCAAAUCCGCAGCAAGCGGUGCCGCCUCUACUCUUUAGGGCUGGGGAGCGAUGACACACACUUUGAGGUGAGCAUGGCUAACGGUGGCUGUGAAGUGCAUCGUUUUGACCCCAGUGUCAAAUCAGCCCACGUUCUGGAGAGCCAGCGCCUCUGGCAUCACCGCUUGUCCAUCGAUUGGCGGGAUCCGCAUCCAGCUGUGGCUGCUCAGAAGCUGCAUAGCAACACCAGAAAACUGGGAAGCAUUUUGAAUGAGUUUGGGCACCACAAGAUUGAUGUUCUCAAGGCAGAUCUGGAAAGUGCAGAAUGGAAAGUUCUAGAAAACCUUAUUCUGGAGGAUGUCCUCGAACAGAUCGGCCAGCUCAUCUUUGAGAUCCAUCUCCACUGGCCUGGUUUUGAGGUCAGCGGCAGUGAGAGCAGCGUGGUGCGGUUUUGGUACAGCCUCCUGAAGGAGUUGGAGCGGAAGGACUUCAGACUUUUUCACACCUAUAAAGACUUAUCGAAACCUCAGCUUUUCCUGAAGAAGGACCUUUUCAAUGCUAGCAGCUGUUAUACCUUGAGUUGGGUGAACACGAGAUGGACUUGAAGUGAAGCCUCAGGCUCAACACAAAGAAACACUUGCACAUGGAUGUAUCCGUGCUUCCAGUCCCCACUGGCUUGUCACUUGCUUGAGGCAGGGCUUGUGUUAUUGUCUCUGCAGCACAUGAUAAACCCUUGAGCUCGGCAAGCGACAGCGACAUGAAUGAACCCUUUACUUACCCAGACUGAGACCUUUGUCUUCUUUGCCUUUGACAGAGUGGGGGUGUGUGUCCCCUCGCUGUCCCAUGGACAUAGAAAUACCCUGCAUAUGCCAGCUUGUGGUUUUCUUAAAGUUCAUUAUGUAUCUACAGCUCAUGAAUUUACAUUAAAAUGAAAUUUAUUUCA